AACGAAUGAGUUCGUACAGUUGAUAGAAGACAACGUUCACACCUUGGAAUACCCUCGGAAACCGGAAUCUUCCAAAAUCGUCCAGGAUGGCGAACUACUUCCUGUGCCUUGUUGUUCAACGGUUGGUUCUACCGCUCAUUCUGGCAACAUGUGUGCUGAUGAGACCGGUAGGACUGGCCAUUCCAUAUUUAAUAUUCCUACUAGCUAUACCGUAUGUGCCUGUUGCCAACAAAAAAACUAUCAUGGGACCAACUGGAUUGUUUAUGCGGCUACUAAUAUUGUACGCCACGCUCUACCUAGCGGUCAUAAUCGUGUUCCAGUUAAUACUGAUCGGCUUUCCAGGGAGUACGGUUGUGCCGUGCAGUUUGGGCGAAAUUAUACUGCGCCACAUCGGUAUGGUGUCAUUCAACCAGUUGGGCGCCUGGAUGGUGGUGUACUGGUUGGCACCGGAGGUGAUACUUAUAUCCUGUGGCUUUGCAAUACUAUUCGUACUGAGGAAAUUGACCGGUGUGAUAGUUCCUCGGCGAAGAAGGCGUCGUGGAGGUGACGAUGCAAACAGCAGCGCACAGGAUGACACCGAACAGGGUACAGGGGCCGGUUCGGUGCAGGAGUCGGCUACGGCCGAGACGGACGAGUCCGAACCACAAACGUGUCUUAUCAGUCCGGAACGGUUGCCUUUCUUCACGAAGCUGGGCGUGCUGCUGUCGAUGUGUAUGCUGUGUGUGGUGGGAAUCAUACAACCGUCCGCGCUAAGUGGAGUGUACUUUAUCGUAUUUCUGGGUGCUGCCUCAUGGUGGGCCUGCUAUAAGAAGCUAGAUAGGGCGUUUGGAAUAGUUCUAAAGAUAACGUUGGUGUUUCUAGUCAUACAUAUAGUGCUGUUUCUGGCGUAUCAGAACCCUUGGCCGCAGGAAGUGUUGUAUUUCAACGAUACUACCGCUCGUGUGCUCGGUCUGAAACCGAUCCUCAAUUCGUCCUGCAAUCUAGCGAACGGCACCGAUAUCCGGAACGUGUACUUCAACUCGGACUUUGACACGGAUGUGUACCUCAAUCCGAUCUUCCUGUUCCUGUGCUAUUACACCGUAACGAUGACUGCAUCUUUGCUACUACGCACAAGAAGCGAUAUGGCGAAGGAUAGAAAACGGAUGGAUUUGUCGAGUCAGCUAGAGAAUGGCAUUAGGCUGCAAAAUCAGAUUUCUUUCCGCAUGCAGCGCAAAAACAUCCUGCGCAAAACGCUCACCAGCGAUCGGUGGCGUGGAGCGGCACGGAAGGUGAAACUGAUGCGUCGAGGGACGCAUAGAAUUCGUGAUGCGUCCGCAAACGACGGUAGAGAGGGUGCUCAAACAGAUCAAAUAGCAUUAGAAACCUUAGCAAGGAAUAAAAAAAUUUCAGACGAAGAAGAACCGUCCAGUUUCUUCGAGCAGGCGCUGCUGGCCAUUCGGAAUGUGGCUUCAUACAUUUAUAAGAACAGUUACAUCUUUACCAACGUUAUCAUGAUGGUUUGGAGUAUUAUGUAUCACAGUUGGUUAACCUUCUUGCUGCUGCUGUGGGCCAACAUAAUCUGGAUUCUACCGAACCAUCGAAGAAAUAUGCUGAUGACCAGCCCUCUCCUGGUGAUAUAUGCAGAAUUUCUCCUGUUAGCACAAUUUAUCUACGGGAUGAAUUUGACUGAAGCGGAGCUACCGACAGUCAUAGAGGGCUCCGGUAUCAAUCUGGAAGAGGUGGGAUUCGUGCGGCGCACCGACUAUCCUUGUGUUCCACUGUUAGUGAAGUCGCUGUUUACCACAAUGUUUUGGAUAUCGAUGCGGCAAUUGAUACAGGAGAAGCAAACGGAACGCCGGGAAUCGAUGAUCGCUAACAUGGCUGCCCCGCUACAGUUGCCAGUUGGUGCGGCAACAACGGCUGCAACGGGACCACCGUCAGCGACCGAUCAACCACCAAAGAAAAAAUCAUCCGCAGUAGUUGACAAAAUGGCCAAAUUUUUGCGCUCACUAAUGAUAAAGUUCUGGAUCUGGGUGGUGGCGCUAACGUUGUUUCUUUCCGCGAUAAUCGGUAACCGGAUGACCAUGUUCCGGAUCCUGUACAUGGCUUUGUUUUUAACUUUUGUACUUAUAUUCCAGUUUUCGUUCCGAGUGUGGCGUAAAGUAAUGUUCACGUUUUGGCUUUGCGUUAUCAUGUACUCAAUGAGUAUUUUGAUUUUGGUGUAUUUGCAUCAGUUCGAACAGUUCCCGCGGUACUGGGAAGCAAUAGGGAUAUCGAAAGAAUUGCAACAAGACUUGGGACUGGAAAUCUUUAAAACCGGUCAACUGUUUCUGCACCUCGUCAACCCCACACUGGUUGUUAUCAUUACCGUCAUACAGCUGCACUACUGUCACGAGCGCUUUUUGAUAAUAAGCGAAAUACCAACCGUCCAAGCCGAGGAUCAUUCGGACGAUGAAGACAAACAAGAACCGGUGGCAGCACCGCCGGCGACCGAUGGACCUUCGUACGGGACAUUUACAAACCCAGAAACUGUUGCCAUUGAAGAAUCUACCGAACCAGCGGACCAAACCAAAACUGCAGCACCUGAUGGACAAGUAACUACUUCUCCAGCAAAGACGCAGACAGAUGCUCAAACCCAUGCGCGUGGCAAACUCGUUGAAGACGAUGACGAUGACCAAAGUGAGAAGAUCGAAGACUUCCGGUUCCGAAAGCUCUCCCGCCAGGAGAUUACUGGAUUCGCUCGGAAGGCAUGGAAAAUGUCACUUCACCUGCUGGAGCUAACAUGGCUGUUCUUCGAGAUUCAUAUGCUGAAGAUUGUGCUGAUCGUGGCUUUUUCGUUGAGCGUCAACUCCGUCAAUUUGCUGCAUAUAGUGUACGUUGUGCUGUCCGUUUUCACGGUGAAGACACACACCACCGGGAAAGAUUCGCUGAUGUAUGUGCAGCUGAUCAGAAUAACGCGCAUCAUGUCACUGUUCUCUGCCAUAAUGCUUCUCGCCACCAUGGUGUAUCAGGUGAAGUACAUCAAGGAAGAAUGGUUCGUUAGUGAGUGUCCGAAUAUCGAUGCGAAUACAACACGGAUGGAUAUGAACAAUAUCAAAUGGGCUGGAAUGCGUAAAACAGGAUCGGGUGAGACAUUGUCGGACUUGCUGAGACCGUACCUGGUGUACAUUUUGAUCGUGACCGUACAUACGGUGACGAUUUUGCGCCAAACGAUACAUCGCAUGCGACUAGGACUGUCGCCCAAAACACCGUCACUAAUGUUCCCCCAUAUUGUGCGUGCCGAUGCGGACAAGGAUAUACCGCGCAUGAUUCAGUAUCUGUUUAACUACGGGUACUACAAGUUUGGUGUCGAGAUUUCACUCGUCGCGUUGAUAGUGGUUAUCGGCAAUCGGAUGGACGUGUUAUCGAUUUUCUACGCCAUCUGGCUCGCGGCUAUGUUCCACAUGACACGUGCCGGUUUGCAGCGACUUUGGAAACCGUUGACGUGGUUCAUCGUGAUUGUCAUACCGAUACAGUAUCUGCUAUUUAUCGGGCUACCGCCAUUCGCUUGCGUCAAUUAUCCUUGGUUCAUAGCGCAGCUGGAUCAUUUCCGGAUAUGGGCCAUGUUGCCCGAAAAUACGUACGAAUUUCGCAGCUUCGCCAACAAGAUGGUGUCGGACUUUGUGCUGCUCAUGUUUCUCUGCCGGCAGACGGUCGUAUUUCGGUUGGAGACGAAUCCACCGCGAGGAUUCGGUGGAGGCAGUAAUCAGCCGGUGCUGGAGGAUUUUCAAAAGCUCGACGAGGGCAACCUACAGAAUCCGACACCGGACUUCAUCACGAAGGUGCGCAAUUGGUUGGAUAUGGUAAAGCGGACGCUGUUUUUGGUGUCGUUUUGGUUUACGUUGGCGGUUGUAUUUCUGACCGGAUCGAACCGGGUAAACCUGUUUUCGAUCGGGUAUCUGAUUGGUGCGUUCUUUUUCCUGUGGCAAGGAACCGAUUUCUAUCUACAUUCGAUCGAGUACAUCCUAAAGCGGUGGAACAUCCUCAUAUGCUACAACGUGUUCGUUAUAGGCGUCAAAGCACUGCUACAAUUGUUCGGUUGUCUGUUUCUGGAGAAUCUGGUUAACAACAACUGUUGGGUAAUGCAGCUGUUAGGCAUGAACUGUUUAUCCUCCGCCCUUCCUCCAUUUCCACCUGGUACGGUCGAUCCAGGCGAACAGUGCAACAUUCCUGACCCAUCCGAUGCUGGGCUAUUUUGGGACGGGAUGUGUUUCGCCUUUCUACUGCUGCAGCGACGCUUAUUCUCUAGCCAUUACUUCUGUCACAUUAUCAACGAAUCGAAAGCGAGCAAAUAUUUGGCGUCAAGAGGUGCCGAACUGAUCGAGGAACUGCGCAUCAAAGAAAGUGCACAAGAAGCGGAACGGGAGCGACAGAUACUGGAAAAAAUUAAAGCCAAGAUGGACCGUAUUAAGGCGACACAACAGAAAAUACUGGAAGCUGUUCAGGAUCCUGCCACCCAUGCGAUAGGAUACCAUACACCGAUAGAGGACGAAAUAGCGGCCAAUUCAAUGUUUAUCGAGGGCGAAGGUCUCUCGGAAAUGCCCUCGGACAAUGGUGGGCUAACGGUAGGGCGCGGAUCUUAUCAAACGCAGGUACCAUCACCAAGCUCUGCCCUUAUGACCGUUUCGCUGGAUGCUUACUUGGACCCUCAACGAAUGUCCUUUGAUUCGCCCAACGAUUUGAUGGCAAGAGUUUGCAGUCCAGAUGAUACGUUCCCUGUGUUUUCACCACCACCGUUUGAAAAGGAGCAACCGCCUUUAGUAGCCUCUACUACUAACAACACGCUGAUGCCACCAACAAAGACGGCACUCCAAACGCGACAACAUCGACGACAAUCGAGCCUGAAUGCUGUGUCUUGGCCAGCAAAUAACGAACUUACUGUCAGUCCCAAGGCGCAACAUCGGGCAAUUCCUACCGGCAAUAUUUACGUACCAACCGAAGAACCAUCCAACGGUCGCGAUAAUGAGCAAUCUCAACAACAACCUGCCCAAUCGCCGCGUUCACCUCGUUCGCCGCGUUCGGCUACAUUCGCUCCGAAUCAACCACGCCAUCGACGGCUGUCGAGCAUGGGAUCCGGUUCCGGCGUACCGGAUGAGCUGACCGGAGGCGAUGUGACCGGUGCGCGCCGUCGCUCGAGCUUCCUGGUGUCACUGUUCGUGGACGAGGAUACUACGCGUUACGAUGAGGUAACGACCACCGCGAACGGUGGCCCCAUCUCUCGGCGACGGUCGCGCUCGCGUAGUUUCUGGGGUCCGGUCGGUGAAGCCGGUUUGCGGGACUCGAUCCGAUCCGCUCGAUCGCGCUCACCCGUAUCACACCACGAGUAUACUGUCGACCAUAGGUCGAGUUUGAAGCGCAAAAUAUCGGAACACCGACCAACGGCGAUACGAUCCGGUGACUAUUACAUGUUCGAGGAGGUGGAGCAAGAGUUUGAGCUGGAUCUGAUGGAACCGUACGAGUAUGAGGAUGAUUUGGACGAGAAGUCACAAAAGGAUCAACGACUGCGUCAUAGGCUUACGCUCGGCAGGUUGGCCGCACAAUUACGCAGACAAAGGCAACAGGAGGUGUUUGAGCUUGCGUACGGCAACCGUACUGAUAAUGACGACACUAAUGAGGUCGAUCAGCCUCCUACACUAGCAUCCAGCGAUCUGCCGGCGGAGGAUCAGCCUGCACCGUUACGUCGACGUCUUUCGUCACCGGUCGUUUUACGGCGCACACAGCCAGCCACAGUCGGGACCACCGGUGCUGAUGGUGGUGGUGGUGGUGGUGGUGAUACGGACGACUAUACGGCCCCAGCGGAACGAUCCGCCAUUUCCGAACCUUUACCGCACCAUUCAGCUCAUUCAGGUCCUCGGCUACGGAAACCAACCGCGCUAGAUGCGCCGGAUGCGCAAGCAGCAGGCACAAGCCGAGAGCUUCAUGCACAACAGUCAAUAACGGACGAAGAGGCACGGCUGCUAAGCGACGAAGAGGACGAAGUGGAAGGUCGGAAGGAAGCGGCUCCGGAAGAAAAGAAGAGCAAAUUUUCACUGUCAGGCUUAGCGCUGAUACCGGCAUUCUUGGCCGGUGCUGUUGGUUCGCUGACGUUACGGUUACAUCGGGCUUCGCGUAACUACCGUUACGUGAUGCGGGUGCUAACACGUGAAAAGCAGGUGCUAAAGGAAACACCCGGCUUCGGUGUGGGUAUCCGUGACAAGGACGGUGUAUGGACGCACUGUGUUUCCCGAACGGCUAGUAGUACUUCACCACAGCCCGAAGGUUCGGCUCAUUCGGGCUCGGCACAUUCCGGCUCUAGUAGCAGUAGUCUGUUGUCUCGUCCCGGUUCACUUGCAUCCAUCAGUAGAUUCAACAGUAGUUACGUUAACGACCACACCGACUACGAACGUGACUAUGCGGAAGCGGAACAGCCACCGUCUGCCGUACCAUCGUCGCCAGCCGUAACGUUUCCGGUGUCCGAAGUUCGGGCGGAUACGUCGGUGACCGAAAGCGAGGCAAGACCUAACACUAUCCGCGAUAUGCAGGAAUACUGUACAGAACGGCAGCCUGGGGAUGAAGGACUGCACACAGUAAGUGGAUUAGGAGCGGCACUGGCGAUGAUCAGCCGCAAAGAUCCGCUAAGGGAAGAACUCGAAUCAUACUAUCACCGUAGGCGCAGUAAUAGUUUACUACCCGAGAUACUGAUCUCGGCACCGUCGGCCGAACGCGGUCUGGACGAAGAUGGGAUACCGUACCGCUACUAUUCCAAUGAUACGCUGGACAGCAAAACCGAUGGCAGCUCAACCGAUGCCGUCAAACGAACGCUCGACGAGGUGAGCUCCGAGGAAGACUUUACAUCGCGAAAACACUCCGUACUGUUCGAACUGUUCCAGGCGGCAUGGUACGCCAUCAUGUCGCACACCGAUUUCAUUUGCUAUUUUGUAGUGUUUUUGAAUCAGGUAAACUCGGCUAGUUUGCUAUCACUACCACUUCCGCUUAUGGUAACGCUCUGGGGUACGCUAACGUUUCCCCGGCCAGCCCAAACCUUCUGGACGAUGCUGAUCGCUUACACGCAGAUGGUAGUGCUGGUGAAGUGUAUCGGUCAGUUUGAGACGUUCUGGUGGAACCAAACACCAAUCCCUUCGAAUCAACCGUUCCACGUAGCACGCUUGUUCGGCAUCGAGCGCAAGGAUGGCUAUGCAACGUACGAUCUUAUCCUGCUACUUAUGCUGUACUGUCAUCGGUUUAUACUGAAAUCGCUCGGUCUGUGGAAAUCGGACCCGUCCGAUGAACCGGCCCUUACGGAGGGACUGUAUAAGAUCGAUCCGAAUGACGAGCGGGCAAAGGCGCUGAUGGCAAUGGCGGAGGAAAAUGAGAGAAAGCGCGAAACACUGGAUAUUCGUCCACCGGAUGAGCUAACUGGACUGUCGAUGGUGAAAAUCAACGAAAAGGAUGGAACCAUUGUAGAGGAGCCGACGAGCCAGGAAGAUGGUAACGUGCUGUGCGUAGCCAUUCACACCGAACCAACGAAAAAGUAUUUCCCACAAAUCGCGAAGGAAGCAUUCGUACGCUACUCGGCAGCACUGUCCGCGUUCUUCAAGCAGCUGCUCGAUCGAACCUCGCGCAAAACUACCGACGUGUACGGAUACAUGUUUCUGUGUGAUUUCAUCAACUUUUUCGUCAUUCUGUUCGGUUUCUCAUCCUUUGGGACUCAAGAUGGCGAUGGUGGCGUGUUGUCAUACUUUGAAGAAAACCGUGUCCCGGUUACAUUCCUGGUGAUGUUGCUCAUUCAGUUCUUCCUUAUUGUGGUCGAUCGUGCACUGUACCUUCGGAAGCAUAUAACCGGCAAAAUAGUGUUCCAAUUCAUUCUCAUCAUUGGUUUGCACGUGUGGAUGUUCUUUGUGUUGCCUGCGACAACGGAACGUAGCUUUAAUGCAACCACACCACCGGUGGUAUACUACAUGAUUAAGUGUUUCUAUUUGCUGUUUUCGGCGUACCAGAUCCGGUGCGGUUAUCCGGCACGUAUUCUCGGUAACUUCCUUACGAAGGGCUUUACGAUGGCAAACUUUUCGGGAUUUAAGCUAUUUAUGACGGUGCCGUUCCUGUUCGAGUUGCGCACAUUGAUGGAUUGGAUCUGGACAGAUACAUCGAUGACACUGUUCGAUUGGUUAAAGAUGGAGGAUAUAUUUUCGAACGUGUAUCAGCUGAAGUGUAUGCGACAGCUGGAGGAAGAUCUACCGGCGCCGCGCGGCCAGAAGAAGGGCUCGAUGGUGAAGUAUCUGAUGGGUGGUGGUAUGAUGCUGGGAAUAAUCUUCUUGAUCUGGUUCCCGCUGGCACUGUUUGCGUUCAGCAAUGCCGUCGGUCAGCCAAACAUUCCGCACGAUGUGUCAGUGGAACUGCGGAUCGGAACGUACGAACCGGUGUAUGCGAUGAGUGCGCAGAAUAAUAGCAUUUACGGUUUAACUCCGAACAAUUGGUCCAACUUUACAACACCAUUUAUGGAGCGUGCGGCCCAAACGUUCCUUUCCAACUAUGAACCAGCGGAUGUAGCUGCUGUCCAACUCGGUAUAAGCUCAACCUCCAUCUGGAACAUUUCACCACCGGAUCGGAAUCGGUUGCUGAACGAUUUGAUAAACAAUGUAACGCUCACGUGUCGGUUCCGGUACACGAUCAGUAGGAUGACAAAUUCGAAGGAGAAUCCGGGCGUUAUAUCGGAGGAACGAACGUACCAGCUGGACGAUGGUCCUGCACGGCAAGCGCUGAUAAAUUCGCUCACGAGACAGAAGGAUGAAGAUAUGGCGCUACUGAUGAACAUUAUGCCCAAGUUUUUGCGUGUGCAAAAUAGUGGCUCGAUACGGCCGGUUCAUCAGCUGGUAAAAACAGCCGAUGGUGAUGAUGCGGCAGAAAAUUAUCGCAACAUGCAGCUGAGGCAGUUGUAUAUGGAUGAUAAAUCGAACGUAAGCUGGUGGGAAGCAACGGAAGAUUGUUCCGAUCAGCUGUAUGAGAAAUACUUCUCACGCUUGCCAUUUGCCGAUUGUACCAAUUUUUUGGUGAUUUACAUGUUUAACGAUAAAAUAUUCCCCAGCACCAUCAGUUCAAUUGCUGCCGGAGGAAUUAUCGGUAUCUACUCGACGAUGAUUCUCGUGUUUUCGCGCAUGCUCCGGACCAGUAUCUUCUCUGGUGCUAGUUCCAAAAUCAUGUUCGAAGAUCUACCGUACGUCGAUCGGGUGCUACAGCUCUGUCUGGACAUUUAUCUCGUGCGCGAAUCAUCUGAGUUUACGCUCGAAGAAGAUCUGUUUGCCAAAUUACUAUUCCUCUAUCGAUCACCGGAGACGAUGAUCAAGUGGACACGGCCCAAGAAUGAGGGCGGUGGUGACGAUGAAACGGACACAAUGACCGAACAGGAAGUAUCACGCCCAAAGCAGGAGUAA